AUGUCGGUCAAGGGCCACGAGGCUGAAGGCCCCAAAUUUAGCUAUGGCAUUGCGGCCUCCUUUACUGCAAAGGACCGCCGCUAUAACCCCGACAAGAAUAUCUUCAACUUCAACCCCUACAACCACAUCCGCGCGCGGCGGAAAGACAAGAGGACCCGGCCCGAUAGCGGACAGGAUGCUUUCUUUGUGAGCCGAGUUGGAGAGAGCAAUGAUGUUGCCUUUGGAGUCGCAGAUGGUGUUGGGGGCUGGAUGGAUUCCGGCGUGGAUCCCGCGGAUUUCUCCCACGGCUUCUGCGAUUACAUGGCCCAUGCCGCCUACACAUACCAGCCAGCGGGCAAGACCCCUCCAUACACUGCACGCAGCUUAAUGCAGCGUGGCUACGACGAUAUAUGCGAAGAUAAGACGGUCCGCGCAGGUGGAAGCACAGCCUGCGUUGCCAUUGCCAAGGGGGAUGGAACGCUGGAUGUUGCAAAUCUGGGAGAUUCGGGCUUUGUGCAGCUGAGGUUGAACGCCAUACACUAUCACUCGGAGCCGCAAACCCACGCUUUCAACACCCCCUAUCAGCUAGCAAUAGUCCCGCGCAAGGUGCGGGCUCAAGCCGCUGCAUUUGGAGGAUACCAGAUCUGCGACUUCCCCAAAGAUGCGAACGUUACAGAGCAUUCAUUACGGCACGGCGACGUCCUUGUUUUCGCCAGCGACGGCGUCUGGGACAAUCUCUCCAGCCAGGAUAUCCUCCGCAUCGUAUCCCGGAUGAUGGUCGGGGCUCGAGCCUGGGAGCACACGGCCGACGGGAUCCAGGUCUCCAACAACCUCCAGCACUUCACGCACUUCACCGACGCCGAGGAUGGCAAGAAUAGCUCCGAGGACAUCCCUAGCCUGCAGAGCUUCCUCGCCGUCGGCAUCACGAGCGAGGCGAAAGCGGCGAGCGUCAACACCAAGGUCGACGGCCCGUUCGCGCGGGAAGUGCAGAAGCACUAUCCCUUUGAGUACUGGCGGGGCGGCAAGGUCGACGAUAUCUGCGUCGUGGUCGCUAUCGUCGUAGAGGAAGGGAAGUAAGUGAGCGUGGGCCUAUAGAUUUUCGUAUAAGUACACUAUCUAGGCGUUGUAUCUAUGUGUGUAUGUAUGUAUGUAUAUGGCUGCAUUUUCAUAGUCCAGCCGGCUUUCAAUUUCCUGAUUUGUAUAUGAUGAUGGUCCGUUCGUCUAUGCUAUCCAUCAUAAGGCAUAUGAUAUAUGAGUAAUGGAAGAAGAGAAGAGAGAAGAGAAGAGAAGAGAAUGCGAAUCAAAAAUCAAAAAUC